CCCAUUGAUCUGCAGCCCGACGACCACGACUGGGCCUUGCUUCUUUCCAUGACCUUCCAGAUGGUCCGAGGCCCAGAGCCGGCCCCUUCAGUCACAGCCAACUAGAGUCGGCCAAGCCGGUGUUUUUGUCAAGUCGCUCUCUGUUGCCCUUUCAGGGAUUAUGGCACUGAUCCGUCCAGUAAUUGGCCCAACAGGGGAAGCCUCUCCUCUCACUGCUAAUCUGAGGAUUUCGUGCACAGAGAACACCCUUCACUGGGAGAGAUAGGCCUACUGGUGAAGAGUCCUAGCUCAAACCCACCGCCCUGCUUCUAUCGCAAUGUAGGUAGAAACGGAGUACGAAAAGCAUUUUAUCCGUUUCUGGACAGCGCCUACGGUAAUGGGGAAAUACCCCAACAGAUCAUCCCGAAGGCACUGAAUUUAAUAGACCCUCGGCCCCCGGCUCCGACCCAUGUCGCGACACGGGGCCGAGGAGCCGAGACGAGGAGAGUUGCAGUCCGAGUCGUCCUCCGGCCACAAAGAGGAGCAGUACAGUAAGAGAAGCACGUCAUCUGUUUCAGCGUCUCAUCGCGGAUGCAGUACCUACCCUGACUGAAGCCUGCAGGGAGCUCCGUGGUAGGCUAUUCUUUCCACUGGGGGGCGCCACUUUGAUCAAAGUCAUUACCGUGAAUUUAGACUUUUAAGGACUGUCGAGCGAUAUCCAAAAGGACUACCUGAGAUACCCAAAAAUGCCUGAAUUAUAAAGGUAAGCAGGAAGCAUAAUGAUUUAACGUUCGUUGUGUGUGUGUGUGUGUGUGUGUGUGUGUGUGUGUGUGUGUGUGUGUGUGUGUGUGUGUGUGUGUGUGUGUGUGUGUGUGUGUGUGUGUGUGUGUGUGUUUGUGUUUGCUAACUUUGUUGUAUGCGGGGGAUGGCCGGGUUAACCCAGGGGUCACAAACCUUUUUGAACCUGAGAGCUACUUCAUGGGUACUGAGUCAUACGAAGGGCACCCAGUUUGAUACACUCUUCUGAAAUAACAAAUUUGCUCAGUUUGCCCUUAGUUAUAUAUUAUUAAUAUUGAUUAAUGAUACUCAUCUAUGUGAAGACACUGAUCAUGUUAAUGAUUUCUCACAAUAAUUAUCAACAAUGACUUAAAAAAGCUGGGAAAGAGUUGUUCAAGAAUGAGCUGUGCUAUUUCAGAACAGGCCUGUGGGCCCCUCAUAUAGUCCUUGCGGGCGCCCUGGUGCCCGCGGGCACUGUGUUGGUGACCCCUGGGUUAACCUAAUGUUAGUGCUUGAUACUUGGUUCUAAUAUCUUUACUGUAGCGAAAGCAAUAUAAUGUUUCUCUUUCUUCUGUCACAUGUACUACGACUACGAGAGCCCCUGAAGCAAAUGUAAAUGUAGGCAUUUAGCCUACAUUUACAGCUAAAUGCCGUAGGCCUAAAUGUAAAUGUAGGCCUAAUCUUUAAAUAUAGGGUCAUUUAAAAAAGCCUCCACUUCUAAAUAAAAAAGCCUCCACUUCUAAAUAAAAAAGCCUCCACUUCUAACUAUAGAAACCUCCACUUCUAAAUAGCCUGUAGCCUAUAUAUAAUGGUUUGUAUUGUAGACAUUAAUGUAUAAGGCAACAACUAAAAUCUAGACCCAGGCAGACUUGGUCAUCAGGCCCAGACCGUCCAUCUCUGAACACAGCGGGGUUGAAGACUGAAGAGCACAGACCAUACAGGCUGCACUGUUCGUUUGGAACUCGGCAUGUUUACUUCCAGUCAGACAAUUCUGCUCGGCAUUAUAUCUAAUCCUCUUUGGCAGUUGAUUAUAGAUUAUAACGCAGCUAAAAAGCAAAACAUAAUAAAACAGUUGAAUUUUGAGACACAAUUAUCCUAUCAUCCUACUUCGAUAAUAGCUUACGUAGUUCAUUGGCUUCUUUUAUGCGGAAUUUGUUAUUUGCAGCAAUCCUUCCGGACCGGCCUCCGGCUAUCUGCUGUGAACACUUGGUAGGCCUAUAUGUGUCAUGUAGUGUUAAUGCGCAUCUGACGCAGAGUUUAGGCUGUGGAGAAAACAAUAGCCGGACAUCACAAUGAUUAUUGAACGAAAUUGCUCAAGUCUUGAUAAUAAACUCAGACCUGCAGUGAAAUUGUAACAUUUAAUGAUGCCUAUUAUAAUGGACUUUAUAUCAGUCCAUCCUUUAUUUGCCGACAAGUGUAACAGUCCCGUAUGCAAUCCAUGGCUCUUGCACCAGUUUAAGCUCUCUUGACCCUUAACGCUGAGUGGUUCUCUGUGAAGGUGAACAUUGUGUAUAACAAUCACAUGUAAACCGACAUUCUUCCUUCACUUGAGUUAUGAGGAACGGAGUAACACGGCGUUUAUUUAUUCAACUAUUAACAUUUGGAAUUGGAGAUAUUGAUGCUCAACUUUCCACACAUUUCUCGUUAACACCGGCUACAACUCUGACACAGUCCAAUGCUUGUGAUGGGAGGAGUCUGUCGUCAUCUGCAGUUUUAAUUGGCUGGAGGCUAAAGCGAGACUCAAUUGUAUUCACCAUGUUUUGCGCAAGAAAUGUCAGCCAGAAUGGGCUACCUUCAUCCACCGCCAAAUUACUCUACAACAAUGACCUACCGAAACAACCAAGCUGGAAAUUCAUUUUUUGUGGACUCCCUGAUCAACGUGAGAGACAGGUACUACCCGGGCAGCGGGCUGUAUGUGCCCCCUGGGUCCGAGUAUUCCUAUGGACUGUCCACCGGCUCUAGUUUUCCGGGUAUCGCUAAACGCAACGAACCAGGUUCUCAAACCUCGAGCCCUUCUUUUGGUCCAUAUUCUCAGGGAAUGGAAGCCUGGCUGGAGACGGCCAGGUCUGGUGGAGCUGAGCCUCCCAGGAGCCACGACCCAACGAACUGCUCAUUUGCUCGACUCUCUCCGACGAUAAAAGCGGAAAACUCCUAUUGCGUCUAUGAAUCGGACAAGUGUCCAAAAGGAGCCGCGGCAGAGGACGCCACCCUGCCCAGGAGAGCGUCGGGACCAUGCCCCGGGACUAACAGCAAGGUGCCGGUCCCCGGGUACGUUCACCUCUCUCAAACGUACACAUUUCCAAAGCUGUAUCACGACGAUCAGCCAAAUUUUACUUUGCAACGACAUCCCCGCUUCGACGCUUCACAAGCAGCCGACCUUUCGGACGAGUCGGUCCCUACAGGCGCCCGGGAGAGAGAAGAGGCGCCGUGCGCCCCCGAUAGAGACGAUGAGAGCCGCUCCUCCCCUGAAGCCACAGAGACCUGUACAGAAAGCACAGAAAACAUCAGCAAAGGAGAUGGGACGAUUGGAAACACAGCUAAUUGGCUGACAGCUAAAAGUGGCCGAAAGAAGCGUUGCCCCUAUUCCAAGCACCAGACUCUAGAGCUCGAGAAGGAGUUUCUCUUUAACAUAUAUUUGACUCGGGAGAGACGCCUUGAAAUCAGCCGCAGUGUGCACCUCAGUGAUAGGCAAGUCAAGAUCUGGUUCCAAAACAGGAGGAUGAAACUAAAGAAAAUGAGCCGGGAAAACAGAAUCAGAGAGCUCUCAAACAACUACAAUUUUUCCUGAGAGUGUGAUAUCUUUUGCACCCUCCCCCAUCCACGACGUGGAUGUUGUACAUAUCCUCAGCUGAAGAAUGUCAAUUUGAAAUUAGGAACCCAUCACUUAUUUAUUAUUGUUCUUUUGAAAUGGUAUUUCCACCUUAUUUUAUUUGUGGUGGUUAUUUCCUAUUUAUUAACAGUUAUAUGUUAAUCCACAAUGGGAAAUAUUCUGUGUGGUAGCCUAUAUGUCGGAGUUCCAGGCUUGUAUUGUAUGUCUGUGAGCCUAUGGAUGUCGGAGCGCUGAUUCUGUUCACUAUGUUUUCCACCCACGGGUCUGCAUCAGGAAGUCAGGAGUCUCAUGCAUUCUGCUGCUCUAACUAAUAAAAAAAUUCCCUGGA